AACCACGUAACUCCCUACUUCUACACCACCGCCCGUACGUGGCCUCCACUCGCAGCCUCUCUCCCUCUCCUCUCCUCUCCGAUCGAUCCUUCCCCUCUCUCUCUCUCUCUCAAUCCAGAUAGGAAGGCGGCGAGCGAGAGCGACACGAUGCAGGCGGUGAGGGAGGAGGAGGAGCAGGUGGUGGAGGAGGUGGUGAGGGCGGGGGCGGUGGCAGAGGAGGAGGAGGGGCCGGAGGAGAAGGAGGUGGCGAUGGUCGGGGAGGAGAUGGCGGAGGCAGAGCACGACGAGGAGGAGGCGGAGGCCGGGGCGUCGGCGAAGAAGAACCGGAUCCAGGUCUCCACCAACAAGAAGCCACUCUACUUCUACGUCAACCUCGCCAAGAGGUACAUGCAGAACUAUGACGAAGUUGAGCUCUCUGCACUGGGAAUGGCAAUUGGCACGGUGGUGACUGUUGCUGAGAUCCUCAAGAACAAUGGCCUGGCCACUGAAAAGAAGAUCCUGACAUCAACCAUUGGCACCAAGGAUGAAUCGAAGGGGCGGCUUGUCCGUAAAGCCAAGAUUGAGAUUCUUCUUUGUAAAUCAGAAAACUUCAACAGUAUAAUGUCCAGCAAGAAAUCAGACCGCCCGAAAUCCGCCGAGGAAGAGAUCAAGGUCUGAUGAUGAACACCAACUUCUGAUCGAUCAGAGCCUCCAUGUCCAGAGGUUAACAAACCAUGCUUGAGACAGUGGGAGGCAGCAGCAAUGAUCUGAUUUUAGUAGUAACUAGGGGGUACCUUAGUCCUUGUCAAAGGAGGAAUAGAUCAUAAUAUUGUCAGGCAUGCAUACUAUGCAGGCAAAAUUAUGUCCUUUCCUCUUCCUUGCAGCUCUGUCCAACUGAAACCUUCAAAAGAAAUUAAGCAAAAUUUGCAACUGCGUCAGUACGGGGAGAUGAUGAAAUUAGUGGAUGUAGAAAUAGAGUUUAUCUCGGUCAGUCCCUAAGGCUGGGACUGGAGGAGUCCUAUAAUUAAGCUCUUACUUUUUCAGUUUGAUGUUCCUUUGCUCAUGUAUGAAGCUUUUGGACAGAGACAGACAGGUCACUGUCAUAAUGGAAGGCUGAGGUUUCAUGUGA